UUCACGGGACUGAUGAAAGCAUCCCCUCUGUGGUUGGGCGCCAAUGUCCCCAUCAAUGACGAAGGCAGCAAGUGGGCUGACGGAGCCUCGGUCACUUACGGCCGCUCGACUUCAGGUACCCCCGAUGGAAAUUGUCUUUCCUUCCUCACUGGCAACGGCAACUGGCACUACGACUCGUGCAACAAGAAGAGUGGUUACGUCUGCAAGAAAAGAGGAAAUGUAAACCCUACACCGGCUCCUGACCCCAGCAAGUGUGCUCCCGGGUGGGUCGACCACGGCACCAACUGCUACAAGAAGGAGGUGGUGACGCCCAACGGUUGGCUGGGGGCCUGGCACCACUGCGUCCGGAUGGGCGGCAACCUGCUCUCCAUCACCACCUCGGACGAGGAGGAGUUUGUGAAGGUCACCGUGGGCAAGGACACCCCUUUCUGGCUGGGACUCUCCAACCAGAAAUGCGACAAGGUCUGGUGUCGCUUUGAAGGCGGGAGCCAGAAGCUGACCUGGUCCGAUAACGAGACAAUGACUCACACCAACUGGGCCGCAAAUCACCUCGAAAGCGCCGACGUUGCGUCCUGCGCCUACGUCAACCAAGGGGGAAUGGGUGAGCCCGGCAAGUGGCGGUCUGGCUCCUGUCGUUCCUCGUUGGCCUACAUGUGCAAACGGCCGCUGAGCUGCCCGAAGUGUUCGCUCAAAAGUGGUCCUGCUGUAGUGACGACCUCCGACUGCCACGACAACACCUUCCGCUAUGGCGAUUAUUGUUAUCGUUACGAGAAGACGCUUAAAACCUUUGACGAUGCUGAGAAGUUCUGUCUUUCCCGGGGAGGCCACCUGGCUAGCGUCCACUCCAAGAAAGAGGCCCAAUUUGUGUAUGAUCACUCGCGGACCUCACAAUCUCCUUUCGUGGGACUCAAGACGACGGGCGACGACUACAAGUGGAGUGACGCAACAACUUACAACUACGACGCUUGGCAGGAUGACACCACGGGGGACUGCGCGUCCCCAAAUUCUGUUGGGGAGUUGAGUGCCAGCCCCUGCAACACGCAGCGGCCAUUUGUCUGCAAAAGAGCCAAGCGUGGAGGGCCUCAACAGCUGCCACCAUCAAUCGGCCAACUACGCUGGACUGAGAAAUGCGGCUGGUGGCUGGACGACCCCACCAACGACUUCUGCUACCUGAUGAUCCGCCAGCCCACCAAGACAUGGCAGGAGGCGCAAGCUGACUGCAAAGGCCGCCAAGGGAACCUGCUCAGCAUCGCCGACUCGCUCGAGCAGCGCUUCGUACACGGUAUCGCCAAGGUUCUGAUGGGUGAUGCCUCCCUGUGGUUGGGCGCCAGCGCCUCCAUCGAGCAUGACGGCGGCAAGUGGGCUGACGGAGCCCCCUUCUCUUACCUCCACUCAAGUGCAGGUGUCACUCAAGGGGGGAAAUGUCUUUUCUUGCUCACUGGCAGCGGCGACUGGAAGCGUGACGAGUGCGACAACAAGAAAGGCUACAUCUGCAAGAAAAGAGGAAAAGGAAAGACACAUCAGCUGCCGCCACACGACGGCUACAAGGAGGAACUUUUCUGCCUUGACGAUUUGAAAGCCCUCGAAUGUCCCGAUGAAAGAGUCAUCCGCAUACGGUCGGCUUUCCAUGGACGGGAGCGUGGCGACGUCUGUCCGAGUGGCGGCAGCGGAUCACGCGAUGACUGCAGGGUGGAAGGGGCUCUCCGUCACUUCAGAGGAUUGUGUGACAACCAUCAGAGUUGCCCCAUUUACCCCAUUCACCUUACGGAUACGGACUCCUGCCCUGGUGUCUCCAAAUACCUCCGCGUCGUCUACAGCUGUGAGGAGAAAGUGUGUCUUGAUAGUCUGGGCAUCGCGGACGGGAGAAUCCCAGACGACUCUCUUUCAGCCUCUUCCUCUGCGAUCAAUGCCGAACCUCACAAAGCCCGUCUGGGGGGCAGCGGUUGCUGGAAGCCGUCCAAAAUGCUGGGCAGCUGGAUCCAGGUGAACCUUGGUCAGAACUUCAAGGUCACGGGCAUUGUGACCCAGAAGUGUACAUACCAAGGGCAAAGUUCCAGCGUAUUUUCCAUGCAGUUCAGUAUUGACGGAGCGACUUGGUAUCACCACCCUAAGCAGCCUUCUGUGGGGACGUAUAUUCUAACCAGGCCCAUCUUCGCCAAGUACGUCCGCCUCAUGCCGAUGUUCAAGGGCCUACGCUUUGACGUCUUGGGGUGCACGUCUGACGACACCGCUCUCAAGAUCUUAUGCAGCAGCACAGCCGCCAAACUCGCCCUCGACGGUUCAAUGACGGUCCGGUGCCCACCGGGCUGCGCCAAAGCCGACUACAAGGUCUACGGAACACGGCUCUACGAACCGGACUCGAACAUCUGCGCGGCCGCUAUUCACUCGGGAGUCAUUGAGAACCAGAUCGGAGGAGAUGUGACUUUGCUGAAGGAAGAGCCACAGACAGCCUACAACAGCUCCACCUGUAACGGAAUCAACUCGAAAGUAUAUGUUGACGAAUUGGCUCCGUCUCCGUCUUACACUUUUGCUGACACGGAGCCGAGAUGCUUGGGACCUGACUGGGAGGAGUUUGCGGACUUCUGUUACAAACGUUCUAAUGAUACAAAGAAGUGGUACGACGCUCGACACUUCUGCAGGAGUCUCGAUGCCGAGCUGGUGUCUAUCCUCUCCGAGGCUGAGUCGGAUUGGCUGCAGGACCUAUUGAAGUCUGCCCCCGGAGACACGUGGACCGGACUGAAAGACCUGGGCGAUCGCGGCAGAUUCGUGUGGUCGGACCGUCGGAAGGUGACCUUCACCAACUGGGCUCCGGGAAAACCUACCGCCCUGAUGGAGAAUUGCGUGGCCACCUUGAGCGAGUCUGGCAAAUGGAAGAUGAUGUCCUGCAUGCAACUCAACGGCUACGUGUGUAAGAUGCCCACACUCUCCCUGGAGGCGGCAAGGGAGUAUAACAGGACUUCUUGACCCCUCGCUUCCAUGGCGACCAGACAACAAACACCCGGAGCGUCAACACGUCCCCCAGAGUCAAUCAGCACGCGCACACACCCAUCCCGUAAAAGCUGCCCUGAUGUGUGAAUAGUUUGUUAAAUGGAAUGAAAACAUACGGAGACAAUGUUAGUUAUUUUUAGUGCGUGUCAACUCGAUAAUAAAACAAACCAGGUUGUAUUAA